AUGGAAUCCGCCAUUCGCUGGUCGCCGAGCUCGACAGCCGCCGAACAGCGCUUCCUCUCAGUCGACGUCACCGGCAAGUCGUUUCGUCUAUGCAAGGUCACUGGAUUUGAUGGUCAAAAUCUCCGGCACGAAGUGCUCUCCACCCUGACGGACGUUCCUCUCUUUCGCGCAUUCGACUGGUCUACCUCCAACGAGAACCUGAUCGCCGUAGGCCAAUCGUCCGGCGAGGCCACCAUUCUACGAUUAGACGCCGACGCGAAGGGGUCCCUCUCGUUCCCGGUCCGCAACCAGCGAUACUGUAACGCUGUUGCGUUUAGCACACAUGGACUGGUGGCGUCAGGUCUUGAUCGUGUGCGCAAUGACUUUUGCCUCAACAUCUGGGAUGUGAACCAGCGGCUUGGUCCUGCCGGGGGUAGCAAAGGCUUUCCAGAACCUUUGAGAAAGUUGGCCAGCUCUGAGCCUAUCACGAGUAUCAAGUUCUUCCGAGACCAACCAGAUACGUUGGUCACGGGAGUCAAGGGCCAAUUUGUCAGGAUUUAUGAUCUCAGAGAGGGCCCUGGCAAUCCAUCUCUACAAUUCCCAACCCGUUGUGUUCACAAUUUAGCGAUCGACUGGCUCGAUGAGAACUAUAUCGCCUCUGGUGCAACAUCCAAUGAAAGCACCAUCUGCGUCUGGGAUCGACGUGUAGGAUCCAGUUUGACAUCGCCAUCGGUUGGAUCAUCCGUCAGCAAUCCAGAGUCCAACCAAGCCGCAGCCGCCCUGCAGUUCAAGAACGUGUUCAGCCCUAAAACGUCGAUCUGCAGCUUGCGAUUCUCCAAAACCAACCGCGGCUACUUGGGUGCACUCGCUAAAACGGGCCACUUCAAAACCUUUGACAUUGCCAAGGAUCAUCUGUCAGAAGAAUAUCGUGCUUCUAUCGACGACACCCUCGGCCCAGGCUCGUUCAGAAACUACGCGGAGCCCGUGUACACGAAGUAUGUGCGGGAUGUACGUGCUCCAUUCGACCAUCCAACGCGCGGGUGUGGCGAGCGUGAAAGGAUUGUGGCGUUUGAUUUCUUGAACCUCAAUAUUUCUGCUCAACCCAGUGCCGUUGCCCUGGACGGGAAUGGGCAACCGCAGAUAGUCACUGUGCGACCACCGUGCGCUCCUGUUGACGUCUCUUCCCAAGGUGUCUUGGCUUGUGGCGUUGCAUUAAGGGAUUCGGAUGUCAGGACCAUUCAUCCUCUGUCCGAGCAUAUAUCGCCGGUGUCUGAGCUCAUUGGGAACAUUAGAACGCGCAUUCUAUCAAGCUCGAAAGACCCCAGUGCGAAGUCAGACAGACAGUCAUCCGAAUCCAGGCUACUUACUUCUGACCCCGUUCCGAGUCGAGAAGGUCGAGAGCGCGCACUCUCCCUUGGAACACUUGGGGCUCUGUUAAGUGCGAAGGAAGCCUUGACAUUGUCCACAAUUGGCCAAUUUCGAUGCAAGGAGGGUUAUCUAUUCGACGAGGCUCGGAACAGAAAAAUUGUGUCGGAUGAUGCUGCCCUUCAGGAUUUCUGGGGCUGGGUUGAACGUGCUAGGGCCGAUUCUUCAGGGAUGACCAUGGUGGUUGACGGGCUAGAUAUGAACUAUAUGGGUGUGAGCAGCGUGUGGAACAACGAUUUGGGCCACGGCGCCGAGAAACGACGCAUCAGCACAAAGGCGGAUAGCCCAAAGAGUGCAGCCGAAGCCAUUGGCCAUCUUGCCGAACAUUUGAAUCUACCGGGGUGGAAGGGCUGUGAGACUGCAUACCCCGAGCAUCGCCGAUUCUGUCUCCGUCUCUGCGGUGCGGCACAAUCACACCGGGAAUUGGAGGAGCUGGUUAAAAAUCUCUCCGGUGAAAACCAGCACACCAAAGCCGCUGCAUUGGCUGUCUUCCAGGAUGAACCCAAGCUGGCUUAUCUCGGUCUUCGGAGCAACAAGCCCACACAAGCCCACAAGCUCUUGGCUAUGGCCAUUGCCGGUGCUGCAAAGGGUGAUAACAGUUCUGACUGGGAAGAGACCUGCGCGGAGAUUUCCAAAGAACUCACAGACCCGUACUCGCGGGCGAUCCUCGCCCUCGUGAGCAAGGGUGACUGGAACUCAGUAAUUAGGGAGACCACGCUACCCUUGAAGUACCGGGUUGAGGUUGCACUGCGCUGGUUUCCGGACAAAGAGCUAACCGAGUACCUCAAAAAUGCCACGUCGGAGGCUAUACGCCAAGGCGAUAUCGAAGGAGUAGUACUCACAGGUCUGGGUCAUUUGGCCAUGGGCCUAUUCCAGUCAUACAUCGACAAAUUCAAUGACGUACAGACACCGGUGCUAGCCAUGAGCUACACCGUCCCCCGAAUCGUCAGCAGUUUAACAUCCAUCGCCCAAUUUGAAGCUUGGCGCGAGACCUACCGCCGACAGAUGAACUCAUGGAAGCUUCAACUUGAAAGAGCCCGUUUCGACGUCGGCUCCCGCCGCUUCGCAGUGACCGUGGACGGGCGCAAACUCAUCCCUGCACCACCACAGCAGGUCAGUCUGACCUGCAACUACUGCACACGUCCACUCACCCAGCACGACGCCUCAUCCGAAGUCUCUCCCUUGGCCUCUUCCGAAGUCGUCCAUCCGACCAUGGGCAACCCACUGGGAUCCUCGAUCAUGUCCGGCACUGUCUGCCCUCGCUGCGGUCGCCACAUGCCUCGGUGCGGCGUCUGCACAAUGUGGCUGGGUACGCCAGACCCGAUGUCGCGCUCUGGUAUCGCAGCUGACGCGGAGCCUAACCCUCGCACGGUAACUGAAGCUGAAGUGAUGCGACGAUUCGUGGUCUUUUGUAUCCAUUGCAACCACGGCUUCCACGCACACCACGCGCGGGACUGGUUCACGCGACACAAAGUGUGUCCAGUUGCAGAGUGCAGCUGUAUCUGCGAUCGGUGA